AGCUCAGCCUCCGGGAUGGCUCUGCUGGAGACUGGAAAACACUUGCACGGCUCAGUCCUCGGCAGCAUGAAUCCCGACCUCGCCAGCGAGAGGCAAACAGCUUCCUUCAGCGUGGAAAAGCUGACGGCCCAGCUGGACGGCGGUGUGGAGCAAACCCGGAUCCGGCGGGCAGUGGUUGAAGCUAUCGAAAGCGACCCUGUAUUUAGCAGAGAAAAUCAGUAUUUCCAAAGCCAAAAUGAGAGGUACGAAGCAGCAGUCAGAAAAGCUGUUCACCUCCAGAAAAAGAUGCACGAGAUGGGAUGGAGUGAGAACGGACCUGAAUUUAAGUACAUUUACAGGGCACUGUCAGGAGAUGUCGCGUUUCUCCUUCACCGCAUCUUCAUGAGAAGUAUUUCAGUGCUGGGCUCUGACAAUCAGAUUGCCAAAUGGAUUCCUCUCGCCACCCAGUAUCAGCUCAUUGGAAGUUACGCCCAGACUGAACUGGGGCAUGGAACUUAUCUUCAAGGUUUGGAAACAACAGCAGUCUUUGAUAUCACCACACAGGAGUUUAUACUGAACACACCAAAGAUCUCUGCCAUGAAGUGGUGGCCUGGAGACAUGGGAAGGUCAGCAACCCACACAGUGGUCUUUGCUCAGCUCUACGUCCAAGGGAAGUGCUAUGGCGUGCAUCCCUUCAUCGUGCAGAUACGCAGCCUUCAGGACCAUUCACUCUGCCCAGGUAUAACUGCAGGAGAUAUUGGUCCCAAAAUGAAUUUUGAGCACAUCGACAACGGCUACCUCAUGAUGCAGAACGUGCGUGUCCCCAGGGAGAACAUGCUGAACAAGUUUUGUGAGGUUCAACCAGAUGGCACCUAUGUAAGACGGGGGUCACAGAAGAUUAAUUAUUUCACAAUGACUACAGUGCGCAUUUCCCUCAUUUCAGAUGAGGUGCUCACACCUCUAAUGAAGGCUUGCACCAUUGCCAUCCGCUACUCUGUGGUUCGCCGGCAGUCCAAGUUAAAACCCGGGGAAGAAGAAGCAAAAAUCCUUGACUACCAGACUCAGCAAGAGAAACUGCUGCCCCAGUUGGCAGCAGCCUAUGCCUUUCAUUUCAUCAACGACUACCUGCAGGAGCUAUUUGACAGAGGGUACAAAGAGAUCCAGAGGAAGAACUUCGACACACUGCCGGAGCUCCAUGCAUUUUCUUCGGGCUUUAAAGCCAUGGUUACUCAGCACUGCACUUCAGCGGUGGAGAUCUGCCUCCGGGCAUGUGGGGGACAUGGUUACUCCUUGCUGAGUGGACUCCCUUCCUUGUACACUAAAAUACUUGCCUCUUGUAUUUAUGAAGGGGAAAACACCAUUUUGCUCUUGCAAACUGCCAGGUUCCUGAUUAAGUGCUUUAUGGCAGCCAGCGCUGGCCAACCUGUUCCACCAUCUGUCACCUACCUGGCUGCAGUGAAACCCGGGAAGUGUCCAGCCAAGAACAAGUUGGAUUUUCUCAGUCCAGAUAUUUACACUGAGGCCUAUCAACAUAUGGCAGUCAGACUCAUAAGCAGCACAGCAGCUAAACUACAGGACUUAAUUCAGUCUGGAGUCAAAAAGCACGACGCUUGGAACCAGUGCACAGUGCAGCUGGCACAGGCUGCAAAGGCUCACUGCCACUACAUCACAGUGAAAAACUUUGUAGAAACUGUGGAAAAACUCGAGACCAAGGCUGGCAUCCAAAAGAUUAUGAAACAUCUUUGUGACCUCUUUGCAUUACACGGAAUCUUCUCAAAUUCAGGAGUCUUCUUACAUGAUGGAUACAUAUCUGGAGCUCAAAUGGACAUGGUCACAGCAUCAUACCUGGACCUCCUGGCUGUCAUUCGGAAGGAUGCUGUCCCACUAGUGGAUGCUUUCGACUUCACAGAUAAGAGCUUGAAUUCUGCACUUGGCAGUUACGACGGACAGGUUUACCACCGGCUUUACGAGUGGGCUCAGAAGUCACCGACCAACAAGCAGAUGAGCCCAGCCUAUGAGAAGUAUUUGAAGCCACUUCUUCACAACACGCCAUCAAAAUUAUGA